AUGAUAUUCCCGUGUUACGCCAAACGCAACGAUACAAAUCCCGAAGACGUCGAUGAUUUCCGACAAACGUCGAUGAUGUUAGAAAAUGCGGAGAUGCGAAUCAAAACGGCUUUGAAGUCUGUCUUAAAGCGGAGUCUUCCUUAUCUGAUGAGAAUUUUCGAUGAAGUGAACGUAUCUUCACCUUGCACGAAGUCUUCCGUUCUCUUCCUGAAAGACUUGAUGAAACUAAAAGAUUGGCCUCUUCGAAUGAUUGAUUCUUUUGGAAAAUUAUCGGCAGGAAUGUUAGAAAUGACACAGUGGAUGUCGGGAGAUUAUGAUCAGUGUUUGGACAUAGAAAUUCCUCAAAAUAAAAAAGAGAUUACCGAUAAAGGAAAGGAACAGGUUCGAGGCAAAUACUGUGCCGUGACAAUUGGAAUGCAAGAAUCACUGAAACGUAUUGCAAAGUCGAUUCAUAAGUUGGAAAAUAAUUCAUUGAUUAAACUUGUAAAAGAGAUUAUUAAACCAAUAAAGCUUGAAGACUUAUUUAAUAUAGACGUUGCCAAAAUGAAGAUGGGAAUACGUUUGGAUGUGUGCAUUCCGAGUACAUGUAGUAAUAAUGACUUAAAAAACGUUGGGAAUUGGAUAUUCGGGACACCGGUAGACUUUAAAGUCGAAUUUUGUAAAAUCAAAGAUGAACGUAUUAAAUAUAGUAACGGACAAUUGAUAUCGUUAGUUGUUCUCGGCAUGUUUAUUGCAUGGGUAGCAUUGGCAACACUAACAGAAAUAUUAAUGAGACUUCAUAUUAUUCCUAUCAAAGCGAGUAAAGGUAAAUUUUUUGAGUAUAUUCUCGGAGCUUCUCCUUAUAAAUCUCUACAUAAAUUAUAUUCGAUGAAUCUCGACGAAAGUACAAAGUCGAUGUGCGGUGUAAAAUUUCUUCUCGUAAAUAUUGUGGUGUUGGGACACGUAUGCCUGAUAGCAUUGUUUUUCCCCUCAAUAGGAGAUAAAUAUUCCAAUAUCUUCAAACAUGUGGAUCUUCUUUUAUUCGAAGUUAUUCUUCAAGGCGUCACUAUGAUAGAAUCAUUUUUCUUCUACAGCGGGUUUAUGGUAAUGUAUCUGAGACAAAAGUCUGGACGAAACUCAGCGAAAUACUACAUCAUGUUUUUAGUCAAGCGAGUUAUCAGAUAUACACUUCCGAUAUUCUUCGUUUUGGGCUUCGUAAUUCUUCUGCCUCUUCUUGGAGAAGGUCCUCAUUGGGAUUAUGUUAUUAGUCAGGGAAAACACAUAGAAAACAAAUGGUGGAAAUAUAUCACUCAUAUUCAUAUUUACUCGCUCGCUGGAUCGACGGAGUUUUUCAACGUAAUAUGGUUCAUCAGUGCGUUGCUGCAACUUUCCAUCUUAAUGUCACUGUUAUUAUAUAUUGUUGACAGUAUCGGCCCAAAACACGAAGAUUCGAUGAUCGAACUUGCUUUAGCCAACGUACUACAAGGGCAUUUUCGAUAA